AUGAACAAUCAGGGCCAGUCUGGCCAGCCGAACCCCAUGGCCGGCCAAGCCGUGCCUGGCGCGCGACAGCCACCCAUGUAUCGACCGGAGAUGAUGCGAAACCUUCCGAUUCUCAACGACGAAGAGAAGGCCAAAUACGAAAGGGGUCUUCGCCAACUAUGGAAUCACUACGAGACGCACCCCGAAGAGUCUGCCCAGCACCAGGACGCCAAGAAAAAGAUACAAGACUUUACCAAGAUGCUACUGAACAAACUUCAGCAGAGGAGGAUGCAGGUACAACAGCAACAGCAGGCUCAACAGCAGGCGGCUCAGCAGCAGCAAGGCGGCCAACAAGCAGCCCAGCAACAACAGAGCCAGCCUGCUCAGGCAUCCGCUCCGGCGCAACAACAGCCCACCCAGCAGCCGCAACAACAAGCACCGGCAGCGGCUGCCAACCAAGGCAAUGCUGGAGGUGUCGCCGUCAAGACGGAACCCAAGACCGAGAACAAUCCUUCGACGACCACGGAGCCUGCUCCCGCGCCGACUUCAGCACCCGCCCCAGCGGCUGCGCCGGCUCCCACCGCGCCCCAACAGGCGCCACAGACGACGCAGUUCCCGGACCACAUCCUCGCGCACAUCCGACAGAUGACAUUCAACCCGCCGCAGGGAAUCCUAGAUAAGGGACAGGAGAGUGCGGUCAGAUGGUCGAAUGACUUCAAGGCGAAGUACCUACGAGCCUUGAUGCAGAUGGACCAGCAGGGGAACCAGAUGAAGAGGAUUGAUGUGCACAUCAAGAACCAGCAGGAGAAGGGCAUGAACAGAAGCAGCUCCAAAUAA